AUUGCAGAUGAGAAGAUCAUUACGACUUGCUCAGCAAUUCGUUACCGCUAUUGGCUGUGCUAAUGGAAAUGCUGGAAGACAUCUUGGAUGUGAACAUGCUGUAGAGACGUUGAGGAAGUCGAAAUUCCUUGAAAAAGUUAGAGUUCCCAUUCAAUGGAAGGACAUUGUUCACGAAACUCCAACUGGCCGACACUUUGAAGCACUUGAUGGAGUUAUUCAGACAUGUAAACAGUUAGCUGCUCGUACAAGAAAGGCUAUCGAGAACAAGGAAGACCUUUUGGUCAUAGGAGGUGAUCACAGUUGUGCGAUGGGAACGUGGAGCGGAGUGGCGUCGGCGAUUCGACCGUGCGGAGAACUCGGACUCAUUUGGGUCGAUGCUCACUUGGAUGCUCACACACCGGACACUACUCCAAGUGGUAACAUCCACGGCAUGCCUGUUGCACAUCUACUUGGACAUGGUAACAAAACUUUAACAUCGCUUGGGGAUCAUCUAUCAAAAGUGCUUCCUCAUAACAUGUGCAUGGUUGGAAUUCGAAGUUAUGAGAAACCGGAACAGGAACUUUUGGAAAGACUGGGUGUUCGCAUCUUCUAUAUGGAUGAAGUAGACCGACGUGGGAUUGCUGACGUUAUGCAAGAAGCUCAGUAUUUGGUCUCUAGGCACACUUACGGAUUUGGAAUGUCCAUAGAUAUUGAUGGUUUUGACGUAUCUGAUGCACCUGCCGUCGGUACACCAGAAAAGCAUGGUAUCAGAGCAAACGACUUUUUGCGAGCAGUUCUGACCUUGGAUCUCUCAAAACUUCUAGCUACAGAAAUUGUUGAAUUCAUGCCUAAACGCGAUGACGAACAUAAGUCAAGUGAGAGGCUCGUGGUGAACCUAAUGGAGGCAAUAUAUCUCACAAAAUUCUUCCAACAGAACACAACGAUGGGACUCGAACAACGGAUGCAAGCGACAGCAUAGACGGGCGCAUCGAACUGGUGUACACUUUGCACUAAACUAUUAUAAUAAAUGUGCUCAGAAAUAGAAAUAUCCAGUGAAUCUAGAACAAAUCAUAUUGAAGCAUAAUAUGAAUAAAAUCUGAA